AGUUACACUGUAUAAUGGCCGAAAAAUUGUUUCUUUUGGGUUUCCUAUUGUUUCUUUACUUUAGCUCUUGCACGUGUGCGUGUCAUGACAAAGUGGAUUUGGCGUUUCUGGUAGAUUCGUCAGGUUCUGUUGGAUCUGCCAAUUUCGUCAAAGUGAAGAAUUUUGUUGCAAGUUCCCUAAAUAGGUUUAUCAUAGGAAAUAGAGAUACACUCGCCAGUGUAGCAACAUUUUCAUCUACACCACAUGAAGAGGUUAAGUUAAAUUCUUUCCAUGAUAAGUUGUCAUUGAUAAAUGCUAUUAAUGGAAUAAGAUAUAUCAGCGGUGGUACAAAUACUGGCCAGGCUCUUAAAUUUGUUGGCAGCAAUAUUUUUCAACCUUCCUCUGGAGAUAGAAUCGAUGCCAGGAACGUACUUGUGGUUAUCACAGAUGGACGAUCCAAUAACCAUCUAGCCACUAUUGCAGAAGCCAAUCAUUUAAAGCACAACAAUAUACUGAUCAUAGCAGUUGGAAUAGGCAGCGGUAUUUCAAAAUCUGAACUUGCAGCCAUAGCGUCCCGCCCGUCACUAGUUCUACAUGUUGAAGAUUUCAACGCAUUAAGUCAUAUUUACGAUUCAAUCCACUCGAUUGCUUGCAGUUCUGUAACCACCAUACAUCCUACGUUAAAAGUAACAACAACAACUACAGCUGUCCCAACUACAACAGAUGCCCCAACAACUACAACAACAAAAAAUUCCUGUGUUGACGUUAUACCAAACUGUGACAAAUAUGGCCCAACAGUAUGUAUAGGAACUUACAAGCCAUGGGCAUCCAGAAACUGUGCAUAUUACUGCAAAUUAUGUAACGGUACAGUAAACGGUUAUGUUUUCUGA